AUGUCCGAUACCUCCAUAGUCAUUCACCCAAUUCACCCACCGCCUUCCCCGCCUAGUCUCAUCGUCCACCCACCGAAUCCCCCGAGUAUGACGACACCGGAACCAUCAGCAGCCUAUGAAUUGAGGCUACAGACACAUCCCACCAGACCCGUAGACUCACGCAAAGGGCAGGAGAAGCUGGAACUCGAUUUCGGAACUGCUCAGAGGAUCGCUCAUAGGUCUGUCUUAUCGUCCUUAUUUCGAGGGGCGAGGAAUAAUAAUAUUCUAUGUCUUUGUGAGGUUGAGGAAGAUGGCUUGAAUCUCUAG